AACUACUUGAGCUAAUUCAGUUUAGUUUAUAGAAAUUCCAAGCUCAUUUUAUUUUUCUUUCUCAAUGGCUCUAGCCAAGGAUAUGAGAAUGCCUCAUGACUCAUGCACUCAUGAGUCUCCUCAAGUUUCAUCUGAUCUUUCUAAUGGUUUUGUGUUUAGGGCCACAUCUAAUUACCAUCAACCUGAUCAUCAGGCAGCCCACUCAGUCAUAAACUUCAAAAGUAGUGGGUACAAUAGUUUCUUCCAGAACAGUGAAUCUUUGCUUAGUUUUGAGAAAAACAGUAAGCAGAACAUUUUGAAGACCAGAAAUGACAAAGAUGAGCACUUCAAUUGUGAUGAUGAUUUGCAUCAUGGUAAUUACCAGUGGAACCACACGGCUAGCGUCAGCGAUCCGCGGCUUUCGGGGGAUUUCAAUUGUUUUCAGACAGCAAGCAAUUACAGCUCCAUGCCCAACACCUCAAAAGAUGACCAUGGAGAUGAGGCUUAUGGGUGGUUAUAUUCUGAAGCCACUGUAGUUGCAGAUGGCUUCCAGGAACCCGAAUCACAAGAAGGCUUCCACAAGCGUCCGCAUACGGGAGAGGCCAUGCAACCUUUAAAGAAGCAAUGCACUAAUGGUGGUACUAAGAAGCCCAAACCCAAGUCAUCAAGUCCCACAAAGGACCCCCAAAGUAUUGCAGCCAAGAAUCGUAGAGAGCGGAUUAGCGAACGCCUUAAGAUACUACAAGAAUUGGUGCCGAAUGGCUGCAAGGUUGAUUUGGUAACCAUGCUAGAGAAAGCCAUUAGUUAUGUCAAGUUUCUUCAAUUGCAAGUCAAGGUGUUGGCGACUGAUGAAUUUUGGCCAGUUCAAGGUGGGAAAGCUCCCGAUAUUUCUCAAGUGAAGGAAGCCAUUGAUGCCAUCCUCUCAUCUCAAAGAGACACUAGUUCAAGCUCAAAGUAAAGGGCUUGAAAAGGAGGCAUUAGAAGAAUAACUUAAAAAACAAGUUAAGAGUAAUUACUGCGUAGGCAAAGGAAAAGCUUUGUCAUACAUGGAAGUCGGCAAUGAAUUAAUAACAUUUGUUUUCAUUUUUGGUUAUA